UCAACAGGUUUUUUCUGUGAUUAUGAAAAAAUAUUUUCAAAUUAUUUUGUGCGUGAAUGUUUUCGAAUCCUCUGUAAUUGUAGCCUGGUAUCAAUUUUUGAGCAGCGUAAGUUUAUUUAUUUUAAAUGGAUAAUAACGGGAGACGCAAGCGUUGCUCUAUUAAGAAUUGUACCAGUUCAGGAGUGAGAUUGUUCCGUUUCCCUAAUCCGAAAAAUGAACAAAGAGUUAUCCAAUGGAAAAUAGCAUGUGGUGAUGAAAAUAUUAUGAAAAAGGAACCCUCAGUACUGUAUAGUACAAACAGAAUUUGUAGUAACCACUUUGAAGCUAUGUAUAUGAAUGGUCAUAAUUUAAAUAAAGCCGCUAUUCCUACUCUGAAUCUAUUCUUAAAACCACAGACGAAAGAUAUAGCUACACAAACUGAAAAUUUACAACAAAUUUUAGUACUGGAAAGGCAAAUCGUGAAGGUGCCUGAAGAACAUAUACAGAAAGAACAUGUCCAGAUCCAGACAACACAAGAUUUAUCUGCAAAUUCACCAAGAAAAAGUAAACUGAGGAUGUUGUUGAAGGAAAAGAAUAGAAAAAUUAAGCAAUUGAAUACAAAAAUAAUGGAAUUGCAACAAAUGAAUAGUUCGCAAGGGGAAACAGAAGAGAUUUGUCUAAUUAUUGAAUAGACACUGAGCCAGUAUAUAUUUUGGUGCCAUCCGAAGUUUUUUUACUACCUACAUGUUUGAAAAGUAUUUUUAUUUUAUUAACAUAGAUCAAGUAGUACAAAACAACAAUUUUUUUCCUAUUCUCAUAAGCCAACUGUAAUCCAUCCAAACAAGUAGUAAUAAGAAGGAACUUGAAUAAGUGCAUUUCUAAAUAUUUUGAUCAGGUUUGUCCCUACUAAGUUGUUCUGAAAAAUAUUUUUAUUGUACCUUAUAUAAUGAUAAUGGUUUGCUGGGUUCAAUUUGACCAAUGACACCCUCAUUGCCUGUGACGAUUCACAGCAAAAAGAUAGUAGAGUUGUUAAAAUUUUUUUUUACAUUUUAAUUACAAAAUAAGUUUUCUGCACUUUCCAAAUUGAACCGAGUGAGGGUCGGCCAGGUUGUCUCUGCUUUACAACUUUGCUAGCAUAGAGUACAUCAUUAUUAGGCAAAUCCAUAAGUCAAAUGUCCAUCGUGGUCCAGUAAACAGAGGUCUAAAAUCGAAUUUCUCAGAAUGAGAUACAUUUUUCAUAUAAUGAUUAUAGCAGUAAAAGAAUAAUGGUCAAAAAUGCAGGUGUCAGAAUUAUCAGGAACUGUGAAAAAUACGUGAAAAUGUUUAGAAAUGGAAAGUUACGUUUUUCUCUAAAUUUCCUAAAAGGCGUUUCGAACAGUUAAUGAACUUAUGUCUGGAGACGUUUCGUUUUCAAUAGAAAGGGUGGAAAACUUUGAAGAAAAAAAAUUUAUUUUAUUAAUAUACCCUUUAUGAGGUAUCUUUUGGAGAGUUAUCCCAGUAAUUUCUAGAAUAUGUUGGAUGGAAGAAAAGAAUCGUCCCGUAGAUUUAAUUUUAGCGUUUCCGGAUACAUGUUUUUAAAGAAAUGUUUAUUUUUAUGAUAGGCUUUUGAAGAAGGACGCAAAGGAAUGGAAUCAAUAAUAG